CGUUGAGCCACCGCCAGCUCGUGUGUAUGUGUAUAUUGAGUUGUAUAUCGCCGCCUCCCGCGACACGUUCGACGGAGACGUGCGCGUCAAGAGGAAAUAAACUCGCAAUCGAUAAUCACUCUAACGUAUUAUAAAUAGUAAACAAUAAAAUUAAAAAGUACGCAAUUUAAAAAUAAAUUAAAAGUAAAAAAACAAUAAAAUUUAAAUAAAUUAAUAAAAAUUUGUUUUUAAUUUACGCACAAUUUCUGAAGGUGUUUGUGUUUUUGUGUUGUUUAAACAUUUCAACACGAAACUUUCCACUCAAAGUAAUUGAACACUCUUCGACGUCAGUUGAGCGAGCACCUAAUGAAAAGAAACUGAUUAAAACUUUCUUAAUUAAUCGCUGAAUUAAAAUCGAAGAAAAGUCAUAAAUUAAAUUAUAAUCGAAUUGAAGUCGAUAAUACAUUAAGAACUAAAGUGUUUAUAAAAACGGAAGCCGCUGAGCUUUGAAUUGAAUUGAAUUCAAUUGAAAAAGUGAUAAAACAGUGGAGGCAGUGGGUUUGCCUGCGGUCUAGUGAUCGGCGAAGAAGGCGAUAGUGGAGGAGCAAUAAAAAAAGCAAUUUCACAUUGGUGAAGCAGCAAGGCGCUAUAUUAUAGGAAUCAACAAAAACUUCUAUGAAACUUGAGAAUUGAGGUUAGAACAAUGCGGAAAUCAAGCGUGCAACUCGUAACACAAACAUCGGAACCCUUGAUUGUGGUCGAUGAAGACAAAGAUGGCGAACGUAAAGAUGAAGACAACAGUUCGGAAUCAUCCUCGGAAGACUCGCCAGCGUCACAUUUCCAAAACCAAUUCCUUCUAUCACCAUGGCGUGACGCCCGAGAAACACGAAAGUUAUCUCUACCAUCCCCGCAGUGCAGUGGCAUCACCGCCAGUCAAGUACGACGGUUAAGCGAGCGAGGUGAAACCGGCGCGGGUCCUGGUCCCCGUCAAACUGAAUUCCUUGCAACGCUCUGCCAAACACAAGGGCCGAUCCCCAGCGGCCGCCGCCACUCGGUGGUUACCAUCUGUAAACUUCCCUCUGCACCUCGUUCUCGUCGUGAAAGUGUCGCAGUGUGUGGUCCGGGACGUCUGCUCGGCAGUCGUCGUGAAAGCGCCGUCGGUCCUCCCAGUACUGAACCACGUGGUUCAGUACAUAACCUACAAUUGGAUAUUAUGGAUGAUAUUGUGCAGAGUCGUAAAGUACGUUUGAAAAUGUGGAAUACGAGCAACGAGCGUGUCUGCGAGGUGAAGGACGAAGCCGGCGCCGUGCAGAAGUACACCGGUAACCGACGCUACUCGGACUUCGUCGGCACAACGCUCGCGCCGAUCCCGAGCAGUUCGCGCCGGCGCGCUAGCGAGUUGCCGCCGACACCACUACAUCCCUCCACUACAACUCCUGUCGCUGUCGCCGCUGAGGAGGCUACACGUAAGCAAGCACGCGCGCCGGGCAUAGUCUGUUCAAAUACUGAUCUCAUUUCUAUUUUGUCCAACCUGACCGCGUCGGCGACGGAAAUCGAUCAGUGCGCGAGGCAGCCGACGAAGGAGGAGACCCGCCCGCAUAUUAGCGUCGCCGCCAGCACCAGCUGCGCGAGCACGUCGGCCACCGCCAGCAAAGUGGAAAAGAAGGGCUGGGAGACGCGUCGCGCCCGUCUACGCACCAAUCGGUCGAACAGCUUCGAUGCGUCCGUCUUGCAUCAGGUGCAGGACCAAAGCUCCGGCUCGGAGUGGUUUGCGCGUCGUCAUCAACCGAUGGCCGCCAAGGAAUCAUCGCAAGCGCAUGCGCAGACUACUAACACAAAACCCAAUGAAACGGAAGCAGGCCGUAAGUCCCCGAAAGUAGUCUGGGACGAUCGCAGUGGUUCCGUAGUGGAUGCACAUGUCUUGGGUAAUGCCAUCGAAGACUUUCUACGUCGCGACUCCCAGCAGAGUCUUGUCAGCCAGCCGCCGGCGAAGAAGUCGCCGCAGGCGCAGGCCAAACCCAAGGGAUGGUUUGCGUCCGCCCGCGGUCAGGAUGCCGAUGAGGCGGGCCCAGCGGGCGCUACCUGUGACUCUUCCAUCUGCGCGACGCUCAAGGAUCUUUUCGUUAAAUAGCUACUAUCUGCUUUCUUCGAACAACUUUAACCAUAACAUCAACAUCAUUACUCCAAACAAUCUUCUAUCAUCAUAUCAUUUAUUCUAUUCUAUUUCUUUCGUAUCGAUCCUUUGAAUAGUUGAAUAUUUGAUAGAUUUGUGUCGCGUCGCGCAAGUCGCACCGGUCGGACUGAUUGAUUGAUGCUGGUCUCAGUGGUUUCGUCGUGUUUAACCUAGCAUUAUACGAUUUAUGUGAAAAUAAAUGAGCCUAAUACGUCAGCGGUAAUUGUAUAGCAAAAUAACACAAAGUUUACACAAGAAUCUUAUUAUCUGUAACAUAGGCAACCAACAUAACAUUAAAACAGUGUUUAUGGUUGCCUAUAGUCAUCUUCAAUCCAAAAAAAUACUCUGAACAGGCGUUAUAUCGAUUAUAUCACGAAGGAGAGAGUUUACAAAGGCAGACUUUAUAUUAUACAUAAUAUACCUUAAUAUAUAUUACGUGGAACAGGCUGGUGAGAGAGUACACUGAGUACGCGACGAGUACAAAUUGUCUAUCGCUCUAAUCCCGCAUUACGCUAAUAGCACUAAUCAUCGUCUAGCUCUAGUUGUGGGAAUUAUUCUGCGCGGAAUUAGCGUUUAUCUGUUAAGAUGUAAUGCGUGUAAUGCGUGUUUAGACUAAAUGUCAUUGCAUAAUGUCAUCCCUUUAUCGCAGUUGCAAAACUUUUAUUCGUUUCCAUUUAAUUAGCAACCACAUAGCUAGUUUCGGUUAAAAUUCACUAUCUAAUUAUUCAUCGUGAACAAACAUUAUUUAUGCACAUAAUGAAUGGGUAUUCUGGGUGUGUCGAAUGUCAAAACUUUAAUAGCAAUUACAAUUAGCUGUUGUUAGCCGUUGUAUUGUGGGUUGUCGACUACUUUUUGAGUCGUUUUAUAUUUUAAAUUAUAAUAGCGCCAAUCGAUUAGUUUCGAUUAACUGUAGAAAAAUAUUGGGUGUAUUUUUAUAGUAGAAUAUCUAGCGUAACUCCAAGGACCACAAUGUAUCUGAAUCAUAUUACGUAGUCAUUCAAAAUCUAGCUGUUGAUGAAUAUAAUAUAUUUAUUUUUGAGAAAUAUAAAGAAAAUCCAAGAUAUUUUCAAAUAAUCCACCUAUAUGUGUGAAGAACAAUGCCAAGAUUAUCUAGUGAUUAAAAUUUGAUGAAAUUUAUUGACACAGACAAUCUGACAGACAAAUUAACUUGUCCUCGGCAACCGAUUUGUUUUCCGCAACCAAGUAUACACAAUAAGUGCGUCUAAAGUUAUAUAACUUCCAUUUCUAAAUAUAUUUUAAGAAAUAUCUCUGAGUGGACUUUAUAAACAAGUGUAAUAGUAAAAUAUGCAACAAAAAAUGUGUAAAUGGUCGGAAAUUAUCACAAAAAUACUAAAUCUAUGUGAAUUAUACGAAUAUCAAUGUAAUUAGAACUGAUAUCAUCACACACACACACAAAAAGCAUAAAUUAAAGGUUAACGUGUUAACAAAAUAAUGUGUAUAGAUUAUUGCAUAUGAAUAUGAAUAUAUAAAUAAAUAAAAAUGAUAAUGCAGGAUAACGAUGAUGCGCAGACGAGAAGCAAGUAUUCUAAAAUAAAUAAAAAGCGUUAUAUUCCAUUAGUUAAAUUUUAACGAAAAGUUAAUAUCAACUAUUAUGAACGAUGAUUCUAUAUAAUAUAUGAUGAAAGCACUCUAUUAACUGUUGACAUAGAUAAUGGCCGCGGGCGCUUGAUGAGUUCGGAGAAACUCGAAUAUAUAUGUAUAUGUGGUGGUGGUGGUGGUGGGGGAGAAAUGAACGCAUGUGCAUUUUACCCAGCAUGCCGUAAUAUUAAUUGUAAACCACCCUUGGGCGCUGUCUGAGAGCGACACAAUUUCAUAAUUACAAUCUAUAAUUAUCAUUUACAUUACACAACAUCCAUGGGAACAUGGAAUUCAGACUUGGGAGUUGAUAAUUCUUAACCGGCGCCAUUUUGACGCAUAAAUCAGCAAUGAUUUUACUGUUUUUGCAUUUUAGGCAACCAAUUGCUCUUUGUAGAACAUAAAUAACAAAAAAUUAAUGUUAAAGCUUAAUUUUCUGAUAUAAAUGAAUGUUUUAAUGAGUUCUAACCUCAAAUUUGACGCAAAUAACCAAGAAAUUAACGUAUAACCUAUAAAUUUAAUUUUUUUGUUUCUAUAGGCAAAAUUUUCAUUAUUACACCAAAAUAAUGAAAAUAUAGUUUGAAUGAAAGAUUCUCGCAGUAAAAUUCACAAACAAAUGUGCUGGUGCAAAUAAAAUGGCGGAUAACAUCAUUGGAGCGGAAGCAGUAAAAACGCGCGACCAAAUGUCGAUUUGGUGCAAUGCAAUCAAACGCAUGAAUCAAAAACUAAUAAAAGUCGAAAUAUCAAAAUAAUUGCAUAAUUAAACUCUGUCUGUGACUCUGUGUUUCAUUUACCUAACGAUUUAAUCUUCAAUAUGCACGUUUCGUAUGUUUGACGCAUUGGAAAAGUGAUGAGUGAGAUACCUAUAUUUAAUUUUAAACGUAAUAACAUUUAUAAGGACAGUGUAAUAAAAUGUGUCUCCCAAAAGUAUUAAAUAAAGAUGUGAUGUUUGUUAAA